AUGUCUGAAGACCAGCCUUUGUUCAGUGAGUUCAGCGACCAAUUGAUUCCAAUCGAUAUUACCAUUGGUCUCAACAUUCUUCUUGAGGACCAGCUCUUGAAUAUCAACCACUUCUACGCCAAUAAUUACGACAACACUUUGUGCGCCCUUUCGAUGCCUUUUGGCCGCAAAUCUACACAAAUUAUAGUGAAGAUGUCAUCACUUCUGUGCCGAAACACCAGACAAUGUCUGUAUUAUUAUCCCAUUGGAGUGAGAACCACUCAAACAAUGGCUGAAACCAAGAAUAAGCAGAAACUGAAGAAGUUCUCAAUCUAUCGAUGGGUCAGUAGUUGAACGCAUGUAUUGACGGCUUAACCAUAUUUGUGACAUAAUUAGCGUAAAGACGAUAUAGUGUUGAAUAUUACAGUUUGUAGAGUAAUGUAUGAACGAGUCCUUCAAACACACAAUUGUUGAUCGCAUAAGUGUCGGACAUAUCUUCACUGCACACUCC